UGUCAGUCGGGGCUUCUGGGGUUGUUAUUUUGUACGCAGUAUUUUUGUAAUUAUGGCUCUUUGGACAAAUGUGUUUUGUGGAUUCGAUUCUGACGAAGAAACAGUGAAUUUUGGCGCAAGAGCUUUCGCCGAGACAAAUGGAUCUAUUUAUGAAUCGUUUACGAUUGCUACAAUUCAAGCUGAUGGAGAGAUUGUUAAAACUCCCAAUGUGCUUGUUUCUGUCGAAUAUUCUAAAGUUUGUGUGGCUAUCGAUAACUCCAUAACAAUUUUUAAUGACGAAACCUGUAAAGAAAUCACUCUCAGUAGUGGUUUCGAUUCAUUGGUAACAAGCUAUUGUCUUUCCGAAGAUGGAUUCUUUUUAUUCAUCACACUUGAAACUGGAAUUCUCCACUGUUUACAUUUACCUAGUGAAGGAAAGCUGGCAUUUUCCAAAGAAAUAUUUAAAAUCGACAAUCAGAACAUCAAGGUAGUAAAGAUGUUCACAGAAAGUAAUGACACAUUGGAUGUUAUCAUUAUCGCAUCAAAUGGCAACAUCUACAGAAUAUCGGGAUUUGAAUAUAAGGCUGUCCACAAUAAUUUCAUUGAAAGAAAUGAGGAAGCUGCGGAAGAAGCUAUAAAAAUCAUAAAAUGCUCUAAGAUAUUUACGGGUCGCGAAGGAAAUAAGGUAUCCCAUGUUAGUGUUAAUACACUACAUGGGGACACAUUAGUUUUAAAGGCUGGCUCAAAUGCGUUAAUGUGGCCCAGUGAAUGUUUUAGUUCGCUAAAUUCUUUGCCUUACCACUAUGUCAAAGUACAAUUUCUGAAAAAUGAAAGAGUGCUUCUUUGUCUUCGAUCUGACAAAUCACUGAGCAUAAUUUGUCCAUGGACUCUACUCUCAAAGAAAAUAUAUGAUGGUCCAGUGAGUGACUUUAUGAUUCUCCAAGACCAUAUCAACGACCCCCUUCAUCUGUUGAUAUUAAAAGAACCACUAAAAGACGCAACCACAACUUUCUUGGAAUAUGUCUCCUAUUCGGACUUUCAGAUUAAGUUUCGAAUAUCAGUUCCAAUAUCGACGUAUUUAGUAGAGUCUGUAGGAUGUUCUACAGAAAGUAUCAUUUAUCUUGAGGGUAUAAAAUCUUCGAGAGCGGAGAUAGAAUCAAUCCGAGUUAAGGCACUUGUUGAAAGCUUGCCAGAACUUCGGUUAGAGCGUUUAUUAAGGAGGGAGAAGUUUACAGAAGCGGAGAUUUUUGCGAAAAAGUAUAAUUUGAAUGCAGAAAGCAUCUAUUGCGCGAAGGCAGCAUUAUUCGUGAAUCGGUCGGGUCCUUGGGCAAGGGGCAAUGCCGAUUUAGUCGAUUUAGAUGAAUUUAUUGCAACCCUAGAUAAGAUAAGCGACCUGAAAUUCGUCUGCGACUGUUGUAAUAAUGCAUUAAUGCCGAGCUACAAUCAGAUGAAGAGAUUGUUGUUAUACGCACGCCACAGAAUCGUUUGCUGUGUUCAGGAAUACAACGACGACAAGGAGUUAUCGAUUCUGCUUUCUGUAAUAACAAGUACGUUGCACAAACUCGAAACUUUCGAGAUAAUCCGGAAAAUAAACGCAAGUGCUAACCGAAGUCAAGAAGAAGAAGUGAGCGAUUGGAUACAGUUUUCAAAGGCUGAUUUACUAACCGAGUGUAUUAAACAUCUGACACACGGCGAAAUGGAAGCAGCAGCUCUUAUCUGGGUGCAACACUUUUUGAACAUAACAAAGGACUUGUCGGACAAAAAAGUUUCAGAAUUGUUAGAAGCAAUUCCGGAAAAGAUUCCGAUUUCUCAGUUGUGGCCAUGGCUCAAGCAUUUUGUGCCCAGUUUGUUAUCCAUUCAACCCAACACUUUGGCACAAAUAAUUUCAUGGAGUUGUAAGAAAACUAACCAAUUGGAAAAGUUGCAUCGCAGUUCUUGGCCCCAAGUUGGGCUAGACUUCGUGAAGGGCUUUAUUGAACUUCUGAACGUCGAGGAAUCUCACGAAUGCUCUUCCUUAUACCAGCAGUAUGCUCAAAAGAAUUCCCCUCUGCAAAGACUUAUGACACUUGUUCAGACGCUGACAGAUUUACUGCGACUGAAAGAAAGUUACAGGAUUGUGGUAUCUUUGGAUACGUACAUGGGCGAUCCAACAGAAAUGAUCUAUUUAUUAUUAAAUAAAGUACACAUAGAGGAGAUGAAGUGCUUUGCUGAAAAUUUCUUGCACCAGUACAUGCUGAACCACGGCUUGAAAAACGAUCAUGUCUUUUCCUUGUUUAUUCAGAAAACUUUGAGGAAUUCAAAAAUCUCAUCCUUCUUGGAAGAAGCACCUUGGGAGAAACGAGUCGCUAUGGUCAUCGGAUUCAUUCACAAUAUUCAAAAUCGAUUGCAAUUGAUCCUGGAAGUCUUGAAAGCAGCCCCAGUUCCUUGGAGUUCUACGAUGCUUUCUCUUGCUGAACAAAGUUACGCUUACGAUCACAUUUUGGUCUCUAAAAUCAGAACGGAAAGAAAUUCUAUUCCUGUUAAGCUGAUUCUGAAAAAAUACGGUUUUGAGCACGUCGGGAUAAAUAAUAGACUGAUAGGCUGUAUUAUUAAAAAGGGCGAUCUGAACAUGAUGAAUGAUAUUUUAGAAUUGACGAAAACUGAUCGCUCCAUGCGAAUUUCAGCCUUAGCCUCUGCUAUUAACAAAUUCUUGCGCAAAGGAGAUAUUUCAAGAGCCAUGGAUAUAAUAGACGAGUUAGAAGAUGAUGUUGCUGAGCAUUGUUGCAAGCAGAUAGUUAAUUAUGUAAUGGGAGCCCUGAUGUUAAAGACAAUUAACAAAUCCCUGGGACACUUCAUUGAAGUAUUUAACGUUGUGGAAAACAAGUUAAGAGAUAUUUUAAAGCGUACGAAGAAAGCCUCCAUGAAUUUUGACGACACACUUCUUAAUAUGCAACAUGUGAAAGCCAUUUUCCAUUUGAGAACCAAGUUUAACAUCAACGUCAAUUUUUCACAAUAUCACACCCAAAAGCAAAAAAUUCUUGAGGAUUACAUCACACAUUUAACAAAUGAAAUUAAAACUGAAGACGAGGCUAAUUCGAUUUCGUUGAUUUACAAAAAUGCAAAAAAAGUAGCAGAUUUACUAAAAGCACCGAAGCUGCUUGUCGAGAGUCUUUUAUGCCAAAAAACGGAAAAAAUCUCUAUGUUAAAUUAUGUUGUUUCAAAAACAGCUGCGAAAACAAGUGAGUUUGAAGAAUAUAAUGUUUCGUAUGUGCAGAACAUUUGUUUAACGUCGAUGUUGAAUAAAGAGAGCAGCUCUGAAUUAUCAAAGGGCAUUACAAAAUUAUCUAUUUCUUCAAUAUGUACAGGACAUAGCACUGAAUUACAAAGCAGUUUGGCAUUGAAUAAUUGGGUGAAAACUUACAAUGAGACUUGUAUGAAAACGAAUGAAAUCGAUUCAAUGACUUUAUCCCAAUGGAAACUUUAUACGAUUUAUGCGGACACUACUGUUUCUUCAAGAUCCACUUUGUUAAAAAUCUUUCAAGAUUCUUUGAAGAUUUACUUACUCUGCAGAGUGGCAACUGGCGACAUUAUUUGCUCUAAGAAUUUUUAUGAAUCUUCUAAACAGGAUGAAAUCGGGAGGUUGUUGAUCAACUGGAUGGAUAAUAUAAAUAAAAUUCAAAUUGACCAUUUGGAUUUUUCCACAUUACAAAUUAUCAAGACAUUGCACUUCAGCUGCUGUUACGCUCUAACAGCAAACGAGAAUUCCCAAAUAAAAAAUGCCAUGUGCCAAUAUUUGCUUUCACUACUGCAAAAAGUAGUAAGCACUCGUUCAUUUGACUUACAAUUAGGAUUGGUUUGCCUCUUUAUGCUUCCCGAAUCGAAAAGUUUAAAAUGGUUCCCUGCCGAAAGUAAAUCCUGUAGCUAUCAAGCGGAUUAUAUUCGUCACCGAACGAUAUCACAGCUAGGCUGGGAAUAUUUCCAUUUAAUAAAUGAUGACAUGCAAGAAGAAUAUAAUAAGUACAGAACAUUACACUAUUGGGCGAAAAAGUUAUCCAAAUACGGAAUUUCCUACAAAGAAAUGUUCAAUAGCAUUACUGAGAGUAGGCGUGAAAUUUUAAAACGCGGAAUGAGUUCGAAAAUAGAGUUUCCGGUGGAACUCAUUGAGGAGUUUUGUAAGGACUUCCUGUUUGAUUUGGACGACUGUCUGAUGCUUUACUUGGAAGUAUUGUUGAAAAAGUGGAAUCCAACUCUAAAUACAGUUACUGUAAAUGGAAUCAAAGAAUUGAAGAUUGACGAGAACGAAGUGAAGAAACUUGAGACAACGUGUAAAAACGUCGUCAACAAAAUCGAAGAUAAAAACCGUCUGGGGAUUCACAUUACUUCAAUAGAGCCACAAAUAAAUUUCUACUACUAUGAAGUAUUUCUGAUUAUCAUGGACAUCUUGGGCGAUAGGAAUGAAAGCAGAAUCAAUCAUUUCUACUUCUUACAAAAUUAUACACGCAUUGAGAAACCAACUGAAAUAGAACAAGAACAAUGGGUGAACAUGAAUCCAGAUCAUAGUACUUUGCCUCCAAUUGCUGAAUGGAGACUUCCAUUUUUGCCAGGUGUAAACCAAUGGAAAAUAAUCACGCCUGAAUUAAAUUUGAAGACGUACGAAAAAUGGUUGGAAAUCGCCCCUGUUCUGGAGUUGGAAAGUGACCUUAUUUGCACUUUGGCAGUCAAAGGUGCCGUGGCUCAAACCUGGGGUGGUCAGAAAGCGGGAAAUAAUUCCGAGUGGUCUCUUUAUCCAAAACACAGUGCUUUACUUAAGGAAAUUAAAAAGUGCAUUCAGCUCAUGUCAGGACCGAAGGCGUUGGAAUAUGGAACUGCAGCUUUGUACUAUGUAGCCAAUCACACACCACCAGGUGCUGAUCAAGUCGCAGCAGCUCAAGAAUGUUACAACUAUGCCCAAUUAUGGGAAACGGAUUUCAGUAUACGCGUCGUAGGUGAUACUACUCUUCAGUCGAGUGGAACUGAAAUGGUGGAGAAAAUCAAAUCUAAAUAUCAUCGUUUUACUUCGAAACAUAUUCUCUACACACACGGAUUGGGACAAAAACGUUACCUGACGGAUUCCUUGAUAUUGUAUCCUGAAAAAUUGAUUCGAGAAAUCUACAUGGACGAAAGUAUUCCCCUGAGAUACAGAGCAGCUACACCAAAUAGGCCGGAUAUAAAUUCAGCUGCUGACUGCUUCGGCAAUCUUUUUAAUCUUAAUAUGGUGAAAAUUCGCACGGAUUUACUUUUAGAGUGGCUCCAGCCAGAAGUAAAAGACAUGAGGAUGAAUGAUAGCACUACAGAGAUAUUUGGGUUGGCGAAUCAAGAUGUGAAUUCAGCUGACGAAAAUCUAUUGAGGGCCUCUUACAUUCUCGACCACGGAGACUCAGUACAAUCAGCCCAUUUUCUGAUUAAUAUUUCAUUUAACGAGGAAAACAAUGAUUUUGGACCUGGAGUUCGUUAUCGUGCGCUUCAAGUCUUGCAAACAAUCUUGGACGUAAAUGCUUUGCAAAAUUUAACAGGACGCGAUAUUAACAAUAUCAAGCGAUACAUGAAGCAUUUACAAUACUCGAGCGAACUCGAAAAUCUCGGGCUGAGAUACAGCGUUAGCAGUUUCGAAUCUUGCUCAAAACCUGAACUAGCUCAGAUGUUGCUGACGACUCAGUUUCAUUCGCCGUUGCUACUUUCCCUUAUUUUACGCAUUUGUCUGGACUUUGGCGUAGACGAUUACCACUUGUGGGAUAAAACUUUGAACAAAAUGGCAAAAAUGCUAAUGGUGACAGAACUGGAAAGGUUUUUACCCAUGGUAGCCACCCUGAGUCAUGUUGUUAAUUGUACCGGAUACGUAUCAGGAUGGCAAGUAAUAAUAACAGAAACCUUCAGACGAAUAGAUAUUAAUCCAACUCCAAAACAGAUCGAAGAUUGCAUAAGGACUCUGAGGCUUUUGCACACAUGUCCUGUUGUUAAUAAGUUAAACUUCAAGGAUAUAAUACAGUAUUGCUUGGACUGUAAUCAGGCCCAAUUCGCUGUUAUUCUUCUGCCAUUUUUGGACGAUGACCAGAAGAAUAAUGUUUUAAAGGUUAUUAAACUGACAUUUAACGUAUCAGACGUUAUCAGUAAGCUGGAAAUGUUAUCGUCGAAAGGAGUGCUUGCAGUUUCAUACUCUGUGCAACUAUUACAAGAAAUAUCAAAAGACUAAGACAAGUCUUUGAACGUUGAAGAUUUAAAAAUAGAUUUGUAUUUUUAUAAUAAAUGAUUUUUUAUUACAUUUUGAUAUUUA